AUGACAGAUGAUGCCGGUGUGGAGAGCCAGAAGCGAAACAUUUUCAACAUUACCAUGAGAGAAAAUCUAGUAUUACCUGAAAUGAGAGGCACAGCGUACGCUCUAGUGUUUGGAUCUGUUAUGGUACUGGGUCUGCCUCUCAAUGCUAUUUCAUUGUGGAUUCUUCUCCGCCGCCACAGCCUCAAAUCCACCAGUGCUGUGUUCAUGGUCAACCUGUCGAUCUCAGAUUUGCUGCUCGUCAUCUCCUUGCCCAUGAGGGUCUACUUUUACGCCACGGGAACCUGGCCACUGGGCAGUAUGGCAUGCAUCUGGAUCACAAUGCUCUUUCACAACAACAUCCGCUCCAGCUCCAUCUUCAUCACCUUUAUCAGCGUGGACCGGCUGCUGGCUGUGGUUUAUCCUCUGAGGUCACGCCAUCUACGAACCGCGUCCAAAGCCUGGAGAGCUGUUGCGCUCAUUUGGUUGUUUGUGUUGGUGAUGAACAUCCCAGAGAGUGUGACCUUUUCAAGAUUUUUAAACAGCUACAAUGAAACGACCUGUUUUGAAUUUAAUCACAGGCGUACAUCUCCAAUUCUUUAUUUUCAGCCGGUGUUAGUGUUCACCUUGCUGGCAGUCAAUGUUGUGUGCACUGCUCUGGUGUCUUGGACUCUACGGAUACAUCUGAUGGAAUCUCCAAGGGUCAACAACAAGAUUAAUGUCAUGCUGAUUUUUGUCAUGAACUUGAUGAUAUUCACUGUACUUUUCUUGCCAGUGUCAUUAGCUAUUGUCCUUGAAAGCAUGAGCCUUUUUGUCACGCCACUGAUAUGUCUUGCUAGUGUGAACUGCUGUCUGGAUCCACUGUUGUAUUACUUUUCUUUUGAUGGCUUCUGGAAGAGACAAGAGGAUAUGGACACCUCUCCUGUAUGAGAAUAGCUUGUGAAAACAA